UUCGGAAGACUUUCUAUCGACCUGGUCCUGCAAAUCGCCGACUUGCUCCCGAUUGAGUCAGUCUUUGCUCUUGCGCUCACUACGAAACCGCUUUACUACAGUCAGGCUCUCCAAAAAGUUUGGAAGUCAGAUCCUCGUCUCUACCCAGACCGGUGUGCACAAUUGAUAGCGAGAUACACACCGGAGCGGAUUUACUGUGCCUUCUGCAAGCGUUUGCAUCCGCGAAGAACGACCCCGAAGAUCACCAACGAUUGGUCUAGCUUAGAUCCGUGUCCACACAAGCAGCCCCCUCUCCUUGAACCACCUCGUCUUGUAUGGCUACACUUGGAUCCCUGGGAGUACCAUGUCCAGUUUGAGGACGUCUAUAAAGUUAUGAUUAGACAUCUCUGGGGAGCGCCAUGGGGUGACGAUUUGGAAAGCCUGGCUGUUGAGACAAAUUGGCAAGCUCUGGCAUACAGUCCUACUCGCGAGGACCCCAAUGGCUACCUGAAGACACCGGCUCGAUGCCUUGUAAGACUCACUGUCAAGCCCGAGAUCGUCGCGGACAAGCUCAUUCUUCGCACCAUCCAACGUAUAUGGUACGAUCGCGACGUGUGGAAUCAUUGCAAGCCUCAUGCUCUUGAAUGUCCUCUCAGAGCUUGCCAACAUGCGACACGACCUGGUCUUACGAGUUCUAUUGAUGACUUACUUGCAAUCUCUCGUCAGGGACUCCGAUUCUCCAGACCUCAUCUUCCAUGGCAACAAAAAAGGCAAAAUGCAAUGGUAAAGUCCCUUUCCCAGCAUUGCUUCAAAUGUAUGAGUAGAUUCUUCUUAGUUUUCUGGAAUCACGAUCAGACUGGAGUCGAAUUGGCCAUGUACACUUGGACCAAUCUCGGAAUGUGCGAUUACAACCUAUCCAACGAAUGGACUGUGGCAGCAAGUUCU